AUGGGCCUGGCGCAUCCACCCAAACUUCACCUACGAACCAUGGACGGCACAGCCAGCGCACCGAUCGUCCUCAGCUCGACAACCGAUGCAGUGUCAUCGACGACAACCAACGGAUCAGAAGCAACACACUUCUUCCCCGUCACCUGGGUCGAGGAGCCAUUGACGGUGUCGAUCAAGCAUGGCGUCCACCGUACCCUCAAAGCCUACGUAAAGGCCGGUCUGUCGGUUGAAGACGUCAGGCUGCAAAUCAUCACCGCCCUGUCCAUCCUGUCUGAGAUCAAGCUCAAGCAGCACAAGCUUCGCCAUUUGGACCGUGAUGCUCCUUGGUUCAAGCCACGAAAAAUCCAAAAGCGCAAAGAGAUGCGCAGCGCCAUCUACCGCAAGACCCUCCUCUCCCGAGUCUUGGGUUCGGGCAGCGACUCUGUCGAGAUCGCCAUCUUCUGGGGCGUGUACGCGCUCUUCAAAGCUGCCGGAGACUUCGCGGGACCAUUCAACAAGACUUUCUCGCAACACCAGCGCUUCUUCGGGAAGCUGUCGCUCAUGUACCGCAACAUGGACGACGAGUAUCUGGCGCGCUCGGUGAGGGCCGAGAACGAUGAGGGCUGCUACGGAAAGUGGAUGGACGAGGGAUGGUAUGAUCGGCUUCGGGGUGGAGGGUAG